UCUAGUUAAAAUCUACAGUGUUACAAUUAAAAAAAUUCGGUCUGGAAAAGUGACUACCACAUGGUGAAUAGAGCUAGAGAUUGUCUUUCCUCAACUGUCAACCUAGAAGCUACUGUCAAAGAUGCCUACCACUGUAGAGAGGAUUGCCGAGAUUGAGGCUGAGAUGGCUCGGACGCAGCGUAACAAAGCGACAAUGGCUCAUCUGGGUACACUCAAGGCUCGACUGGCCAAGCUGAGGCGAGAGUUGAUCACACCCAAGGGAGGGGGCGGGGGAGCAGGGGAAGGGUUCGAUGUCGCCAAGACUGGUGACGCCAGGAUCGGAUUUGUAGGGUUUCCCUCUGUGGGUAAGUCCACUCUCCUCACCAACCUGGCUGGAGUGUACUCAGAGGUGGCGGCCUACGAGUUCACUACCCUUACCACUGUGCCUGGGGUCAUCAGAUACAAGGGGGCGAAGAUACAGUUGCUGGAUCUCCCAGGUAUCAUCGAGGGUGCAAAGGACGGAAAAGGGCGUGGUCGACAAGUGAUUGCCGUCGCCCGCACAUGUGGUCUAAUAUACAUAGUCCUCGACGUUCUCAAACCGCUCCAUCACAAGAGACUACUCGAGAAAGAACUGGAGGGAUUCGGUAUUCGACUCAACAAACAACCCCCCAACAUAUCGUAUAAAAAGAAAGAGAAAGGUGGCAUCAACCUGACAAUGGCGGUGCAGCAGUCCACCCUCACAGUGGAGGCUGUGCGUAGCAUACUGUCAGAGUAUCGUAUCCCUAAUGCUGACAUUACCCUACGCUGUGACGCCACUCAGGAUGACAUCAUUGAUGUCGUCGAGGGUAACAGGGUAUAUAUUCCUGCCAUCUAUGUGCUGAACAAGAUUGACCAGAUCUCUAUAGAGGAGUUGGACAUCAUCUACCGUAUCCCUCACGCCGUGCCCAUCUCCGCCCAUCACAAGUGGAACUUUGAUGACCUCCUGGAGAUGAUGUGGGACUACCUCCACCUCAUCAGAGUGUACACCAAGCCCAAGGGUCAGCUGCCCGACUACCAGCGUCCAGUGGUGCUUCAAACUGGCAAGAGCACUGUCGAGGAUCUCUGCAACCAGCUGCACAAGACCAUCAUGAAGGAGUUCAAACAUGGACUGGCGUGGGGGUCAUCAGUGAAGCACAACCCUCAGAAGGUGGGCAAGGAACAUGUACUACACGACGAGGACGUGAUACAGAUUGUCAAAAGAGUAUGAUCACCAAGGGAACUAUAAAUGUAACUGUCUGUGACAUAAACAUACUAUACAUACUUUUGCUAGCAACUUAAUGUUUACUUUAUCAUUUGUGACGUAAUUAUUUAUGCAAAUUUUAAGUAUAAUUUAUUUCAAUAAUUAUGGCAAAAUUAAUAUUUAAUAAUCGAA